UUAGCAACCCCGUUUCAUUAUCUCAGAGUAUAAGACGUUAUAAGCAAUAUUCUUCCAAGAAUUACAAGCAACAUAUACUCCGACUCCUAGCUUCAGAAAACGCUCAUUCUAUGAGGAAGCUCGACUCUGUGGUGAACGGUCCCCUUCUUUGCUUGUACCCCCACUUCUAUGUCCACUAAAUCAUCAGAAGGUAAGUAGGCAAUACCCAACUUCUUUCUUUUUCUUGAAGCACAUCUCUCCCCCAAAAACCCAGGUUGUUGGAUGUUGUAGUUGAGUAUUCUCCUAAUCUUCCUACACUUGCUCAAUACGCACUCAUCGGAUGAUUUUCCUAAUAAUAUUUACACACAUUCUAGCAACUAAACCUUAUAAUUAUUCCCACUUUCGCCGUAAUUUUUUCGUAGAAACAUAGGAGUUCAAUUCAAGUCAGGUGAAGUGGAUUAAUCUCUGGAUUGUACAUCUGUGACGUCCUGCUUCCUGGGUUGUCAUGCAAUUUUCAUCUCCAUUUACUUGUCUGUUUACCAUUAUACACUUCGAUGCAUUAAUCUUUAAUUAAGCAGAGGUUAAAUUUACCCAAGGAAGACCGUUAUGCCUUUCGGAUUAGUCUCAGCAUGGAACAAGCGACGGAGAAACAAGUCCCAAGAUCACUCGGACCCUUGGGUUUAUAAACCUGUGGAGUUUUGGCAACUUGAAGAUCAAGCAACUCAAACCACAAAGCGAGGCCAUGGAUCAUCGGUUUUUACACUCAAGGAGAUGGAAGAGGCAACGUGCUCUUUCAGUGAAAAAAAUUUGCUUGGAAAGGGGGGAUUUGGCCGGGUUUAUAGGGGCAUCCUGCGGUCAGGAGAGGUUGUAGCAAUCAAGAAAAUGGAUCUGCCAACAUUCAAAGAAGCUGAAGGGGAAAGGGAGUUUCGUGUAGAAGUUGACAUCUUGAGCAGGCUUGAGCACCCAAAUCUGGUCUCCUUGAUUGGAUAUUGUGCUGAUGGGAAGCACAGGUUUCUGGUGUAUGAAUAUCUGCAAAACGGGAAUCUGCAGGAUCAUUUAAAUGGAUUUGGAAAAGCAAAAGUAGAUUGGCCCUCGAGGUUAAAAGUGGCACUCGGAGCAGCAAGGGGACUUGCUUAUCUACAUUCAAGCUCUGAUGUUGGCAUACCAAUUGUCCACAGAGAUUUUAAGUCCACCAACAUUCUUCUAAAUGAAAAUUUUGAAGCGAAGAUAUCUGAUUUUGGUCUUGCGAAGUUGAUGCCGGAGGGCCAGGAGACAUUUGUGACUGCAAGAGUUCUCGGAACAUUUGGAUAUUUUGAUCCCGAGUAUACAUCAACGGGGAACCUCACUUUACAAAGUGAUGUUUAUGCAUUUGGAGUGGUUCUUCUUGAGCUCUUAACUGGACGUCGAGCAGUGGACUUAAACCAGGGACCGAGUGAUCAAAACCUUGUCCUACAGGUUAGGCAUAAUUUGAAUGAUCGGAAGAAACUACGCAAGGUAAUUGAUCCAAAGCUUAGUCGGGGUUCAUACACAUUGGAAUCUGUAGCCAUGUUUGCCAACCUGGCUUCACGCUGCAUCCGCAUUGAGAGCAGCGAGAGACCCUCCAUGGCCGAAUGUGUGAAAGAACUCCAGACAACUAUUUAUAUAAAUUCAAAACCCAUCGGCAUGGGGAUGACGACUUUCAAAAUGGUCUAAUAAAACUCCAAUGGGGUCAGUAUUAAAAGUGUCAGAUCAACAAUAAAGAUCCUCUAUUUUUGCUUCAUUUGGUUACUAAAACUUGGAAGGUGGCAGACCUAUGAUUUUAAAAAGUGUAAGCGCACAACAAAGAAAAUGAUACGUUCUGGAGAAAGGAUUCUGGAAAUUUAACAACUAAAGCAGAAAAAUUUAAGGUGGACCAAAAAACAUGAACCAUAAAAAUUUAGAGAGCAAACAACUGAGAACCUACAAUCAGCAAGAAACAUUAUUUGUAUAUCUGGUUGUGUCUAGCAUCAACAUUUCGCUUUAAUUAUUUUUUCCACUUAAUGACAACUUUUGUAUAUUAUGUCAUGUUGAAAUAUGGAGAACACAUUCUUCAGCUGAUACAAGUUGUAAUAUGGCAGGUUCCAUUGAGAUUUCAUAAACAAAUUUAGAGGCACUGGAUUCCUUCUUUUUUUU